AUGAUGCCUCACAACGGCCGAGUCAAGUGGAGCCGACUGCGACCGGUGCAGCAAAACCCACUGGACGCAUACGGACUGCCGUCCAAGGGCGAGACGAGGCUGCACGACUUUAAGACGCAGGAGCUCUAUUACACGAAGAUCAUCGAGCGGUACCUUGCCUUCUGCACCGAGGCAGACGGGCGAGAAGAGCUGCUGGCGUGGUUUGCGUCGUUUGAGCGAGCCAGCGCCAGCGCCAGCGAGAGCGCGGCGACGUCGACGACAGCCGGGCCCAAGACGGUCAGCGCGGCCAAGGACCUGUCGGACGUGCUGCUGGCGCUGCGGAAGCUGCGCGAGGCGAUCGUGGCGACGAAGCGGGCCGAUGACUUUUCUGUGCACGUGUACCUCUUCUGCAUCCGGCAGGCGAUCCUGGCACGGCAGCCCGAGGCCUACCACCCGGCCAUCCUGUAUCUGCUGCGCGUGAUGGCACGGCAGCACCCGCUGACGCGCGUCGAGGCCCACGAGGUCACGGCCUACCUCGUGCUCGAUGCCGCCUGCCGUCGCGGCGACCUGGCCGAAGCCUAUCGACUGCGCAGCCAGCACCGGUUCCGCAACCGGACCGUGGACGGCGUGCUGGCGGCGCUCGCCCGCGACGACUGGCUCGCCUUCCGCCGGCUGCUUCAGAGCGUCGACGGCCACCAGGCCAAGCUGCUCGAGUGCGCCGAGCACGGCCUGCGCGUCCACACGCUCAAGUGCUUCGGCCGCGCCUAUCUCCGCCUCGACGACGUCGCCUAUCUCGAGUCCGUCACCGGCAUGGAGUGGGCUGAUCUCCAGCGCAAGUAUGGCGUUGGCUGGGAGCGCGACGGGAAGGCCGUCAUCAUCCGCAAGGCCAAGCCAAAGACCCCGGCCACUCGGGCAGCAUCGUGA